UUAAUACGCCAUCCAUCGAUUUCACAGCAUCCAAAUCGAUCCCUUCAUCCACUACCACGACCACUAUGGCUGACUGCUACUUCGACGUGACCAUCGGCAAGGACACCACGCCUCAGCGCAUCGUCUUCCGUCUCUACGACGACGUUGUCCCCAUCACGGCCAACAACUUCCGCAAGCUCUGCCAGCACCUCGACAAGGACGGAAAGGAGACCAAGGCCGGCUACUCGGGCUCGAUCUUCCACCGUGUCAUCCCCAGCUUCAUGCUCCAGGGUGGUGACUUCACGCGUCACAACGGUACCGGUGGUGUCUCCAUCUAUGGCGAGAAGUUCAAGGAUGAGAACUUCCGCCUCAAGCACGACAAGCCCUUCCUCCUGUCCAUGGCCAACGCUGGACCCAACACCAACGGCUCCCAGUUCUUUAUCACCACUGUUGUCACCUCGUGGCUCGAUGGAAAGCAUGUUGUCUUCGGUGAGGUCAUCCAGGGCUCGGACAUCGUGAAGAAGAUCGAAGGCUACGGAUCUCAGAGCGGAAAGACCUCGCAGCAGAUCUCCAUCGUCGGCUCCGGAAUCGUUGAGUAGACUUGUAAUCCUAUAACGGACUUGUAGCACAAGAGAAAACGAAAUCAAGUUGUAGUUGGUACCAGCGUUGAUACGUGUCUUGUUCUAUUGCACGCGAUUCUCCCUUCGCACUGAAUUGGAGGGCACGACGACGGACGACGAGUGGGGAAGAAGCCCCUAUUGAAUUCGAU